CCGUAUAAUUCAAAAUCAAAGGUCUCACACGGAGAGAAGAUUUGAAGCGCCAAUCACUCUCCGAGAAGAAUGUCGGAGGCGACGAUCGCUGAUCAGAGUUAUCUCUUUCUCAAUCGGAUUCAUGAUCGGAGGUUCGAUGAAGAGUCUCUUCGGAUUCUCGAGCUGUCUCUGGUUGCAACUAACGCGAAAUCGUUUUCCGAUCUUAGAUCCCGACUGAGAGAUUUCAUGAGAUCUGAAUCGUCUGUCAUAUUCAGCGAACUCGCUGGAGAAUCCGUCGUUGCGAAGCUCUCAGUACUCGAAUUCUUCGCUCGUGCUUUCGCUCUUAUCGGUGAUACGGAGAGUUGUUUAGCUAUGAAGUAUGAGGCAUUGACUUUGCGGGAGAUCAAGUCCACAAGCUGUUUGUGGUUAAGAGUUUCACAUUCCGAAUGGAACAACUUUGCAGUCCAGUCUAUGGAACAUGGAUUCCCUUCUAUUGCUAGAAAGGCCUCCGAAAAUGCGCUGCUGGGCCUUAAGAGGGAUAGUCUAAUUGAACCAACAUCAGAGGAGUAUUCUGAAACUUUGGAUGCUGCUGAGAGUGUAAGGAGACUAAGGGAUUCAGCUGCGUCGUUAACAUCUUCACACUCAGUUCAGGCACAAGGUGCAGAGUACUUGAGGAGCAAGGAACUCAGGAUACUAAGCAGGCAAACAAGACCCAUGAAAAAUCUAGAUUCCACAGGUAGCAAUUUGUUCAGAGAAGGAAUCAAUAAGCGAAAUGAAAGGAUGUUACAACAUCUACGUAGCACUCAGAUGAUUCGAGAUUUGGAACCACUACACUCUCGCUGUAUUUGAUGCAACUGGUGCUACAAACCUCAAUGCUCUUUUGAUACUUCAUGACCAUUCAGAUACAGGUCAGCUUUCUUAUCAAACAUUACAACUUAGUUGUUACUAAAGAUCACUUUGUGUUCAGAGAAGAACAUAUGAAGCUUAACCGCAUUGAUGCGCUUGAAUCA